GAAUGGUCUCUACAUUUUCCCCAGAUGAACCUUUGGACCCACGUCUGGGCAUUGUGCAGCUGCUGUUCUCCAACUAUAGAAAAUUCCUCUGGCAUCAAGAACGCGAGUCUCAGAAUGAAGACUUCUCGCAUGAUCGAUCGUCCACCGACUCGAGGCAGAGGCCCGGUUGCAUGGCGAAGAGCAACGUCGUCCAAAGCAGAAGACUAGCUUCGUGAACCGACGAGGCUGAACUUCUUGCUGUAGAGUCAUCAGUCUUGGCAAACGCAGCAAUGAGAAAUCUUCUGCACCUCGGUCUGUUUCAUGGAGGUUCAGCACAUUGUACCACAACGAAGGAGUACACCUCCGUCCUGUACCCGGGCCCAGAUCGUACUUUUCUAGAGAUACGAUCCCGUACAAAGUAUCGUAUACAUAAGAACUUAGCUAAGGAACUACGCCUUCCACGGACUUGCGAGUCGUAGCAUCGUACCGUACGUGGGAAGGGCCGGAACGGGGGCAUUCAAUCCGGGGGCUCCGAGGGAGAAAAAGCUUCUCGUCCAACAUCCUCAGUGCCCGCGAAAAUUGUCGACGGAUUGAAUCGAAGGUUUAGGGUUCGGGGACAUUUUUCCUGCUUGCGCCAGCCAGACGUUCGGGUCCGGAUUCGGAGUGGAGCUUCACGGAGAUUUCUUCUGCAGAGGAAUCGAGCAUGGAGUCGCAGGGCGAUCUGGCGUCCCUCCUGAAACCUUUCCACGAGCGAGCCAAGCUUGCGGAGGACCGUUUAGCGAUGCUAGAAGCCGCUUUGCAGGCUAAGCAAGGACCAAAAGUGCCUGCAGACUCUGGAAUCAUAGAUUCUCUGCUGGAAUUGAGGGCGAAGCUGGAGACCGCGAAAGCGGAGCAACUAGCAGAGAGGAAGAAGGCUGAGCAGGAACUGGCAACAUCUGCUUCGGAGGUGAAGAAGCUUCAGUACCAAGUUUUACAUCUGAAAAGAUCCUUAGAGGAGGCUGACAAGAGGAUUUGCGCAGCUCAAGAAAACUAGGUUGAUGGCGAGAGGAAUUUCAGUUCCAGAUGAGGACGUGUUCCGUAGGGGUCAGGUUUGACUUGACCGGAAGUAGCAGAGAGGAGUUGGUAUUCAGCCAGGAAGCAGGGACAUAUCUCCCGAUGGUGAGGUAUCGAGUACCAAAUCUGUGACUCGCAAAUCUGAUUGCUCCUGUAAAAGUAUGGCAGGAGUGCUCGCUCGAAUCAACCUUCCAGCAUUCGGAAAAGUGUGUCAAUAGCCAUACUACUCCCACUUAGAGCCCUUGCUUCGGUUCUGCGAAGUCGAAGGGGAAGGGAAAGGAAAGGCCGUGGGGCCGUGCUGCAUUAGUAAGUUUCAGAUGCGGAAUAAUUUCACAUUGCAAUAUUGUCCGCCAUCAUAAGUUUAGGCCGAAUUUGCAGGCGAGUGAAACAUAAAAGGUUCGCGAUAAAUAUCUGAUCAGUGUUAUGUCUCUUUCCUACAUUCAUUCAGCUGCUGUCCCGAAGCAAAACUGUUGGCCCUCUGUGAUGGACAUCUUACCCGUACUGUUCGGUGAACUAAACC